AUGUACUCAACGUACAGUCGUGACCAUAUGUUCCCGUAUGUUACACCAUACACCUAUCAAUCGUCAAUAGCCACAUCAACAACACAAAGAACGGCAAUAACAGCCUCGUCGUCGUCAUCAUCAUCAGCAACAAUAACUGAUCCUGAUAUCGCUUUAACAUCAGCGUCGCCUAUGUGUCAUAUAUCAGCACCACCACCCGUAUUCCCUUUAUCUUCAAACUCAAAAUCACAUUUUGAACCAACAUUGGCCUUCUCCGCUUAUGAGAUUUCGAUAUUGAAAAAAAUUUGGACUUCUUUAGAAUUGUGCAUCAAUUUUGAUUCGGUGUCGCCCAAGUGUAAAAAGUACUAUUUGAGUUUCGAAUAUGAUGAAAAAGUUAGACGAGACUUUGAAUCAAGCUUGGCCACCUAUGUAUUCAACUAUAUCGUGCUAACAGGUAACUCUUCUAGCUGCGAAAUGGCAGAAGCUAGUAGAACCAAUGCAAUACAAGCGUUGAAUUUGCUUGACUCCUUUAACUUUAUGAUAUCGGAAGCUACUCUCAAGGAAAUUAUUAAUGAUUAUCAAAUAGGUCCAACGGUGAAUCUUAUCAAUAAUAUCAUUUUUGAUCUCUCUCAUGGUAAAACCAUUAACCAGAAAUUUAUAAUGGAUCUACUGAUGAGGAAUACUCGAAUUUACGAUUUAACAUAUUUGGAUUAUAGCGUAUUGGGGGAAUGUUUGAUAUUUGCAAUUCUUGACUUUUUGAGAAAAGAUGUGGAUGUGGAUGUGGAUGUGGAUGUGGAGACUGAAAACACUAGGGCUAUUCAUAGCGAGGAACAGUUGAUUUUUAACAAUUUCAUAUCUAAACUAUUCAGUGCUCUCAUAUACUAUGGUGAGGAAAAACAAAUACUUGGCACACCACAAACACAGGCACAGACACAAACACAAACUCAGACACAAACACAAGUAGAAGGAGAAGCAGGAACGCUUAUGCCAUCUCUACCACCGCUACCAUCACUUCCGCCAUUACCAACACCCCCAGUAAAGGAACAAUCUGUACUUGCGGAUACUAUAUGCAAGACCAAUGAAAAUAAGAGACAUUCAACUGUGCAAUUACAAACAUUCCCGGGCUCUAUUCGAAGUAGAAGAACAACCUCGUCAAGUACAUAUUCUUUAAUUGAUUCAUCACCUACUGAAGGAGCAUCUUCAUGUAUGUCGUUUUCACAAUUGGACGUGACAUCAACUUAUUCAACAGUAUCUACUGCUCCCACUACAGAAGAGUCGUACGCUAAUGACAAAAAGGAGUUUCCUUAUAAUGACGAACAUAAAAUGUCCCAGGAAGCCUACGAUGAAUCAGAUUAUACAGCUGAGGAUGCUACAAUUACAACUAAUACAAAUAAAGCUAUUGAAAAUAGUAAUAGUUCUUCUAGUGAGGAAGAUGAUUCAUAUGACUAUCUCAAUCUGUUUGCCGCUAAUGCUACUGAAGAAGAAACCUUAUCCAAUCAUGUAAAUGACACUAGCAUUUCCAGAACAAAUGCAAUGUCUCAACCGAUCAAGCCCAAGCGUAAUAGCAAAUGGAGUCCAUUCAGAAAGAAUAAAAAGAAGAUUUAG